CGAUCGAGUCGGAACGGACGUGUUCGAACAUGUUUCUUGCGUUCGCAAUAACGCCCUAGGCCGGGGGAAUAUACUUCUAGCAGACGAUUCUGGCGAUUCAAUUCAGUCGACUUUAUCCUAUCAACAACCCUAGUCAUUCCAUUUUGUCCGUCCUGUUUUGUUUUUUUCCUACAAGUUUGUUUACCAAGUGUUUAAAAUUGCUAAAAAUAUGGAUACCCACUCUGUGAUGAUAUGUGAUGGAGUUCAAAUGGAAGAACCGGCGCGUAAACGUUUCUGCCCAGAUUUCCUGUCGACCGGGUCUGGUUCAUCUUCAUGUGAUGGUGUAAAUGUAAAUGAUGCUGAUGACGAUGAUAAAGAAUCUGUUUAUUCUUGGCAGAGCUAUGAAACAGCUUGGGCAGCUGAUUCUGUUGACGACUGGAGUUUAUCAGAUCCUGAUGAAGUGGAUUCCCUUACAGAAUUUGAAAUUGUUGACGAAGAUAGUACAGUUCUAGAAUCUCAAAGCAGUGACUCUUCUUCUUCUCUUGAAAUUACGAAUGUUCAUUUUCCUGAAGGCCUUUUGCCAGCCCCACUAGCCGACAGUAGUUCUUCUUUUACCGACGAAUCCGGUUGGGACGAUCCUAACGGUGAAACGGAUAGUAACUUCGACAACUCUCAAUCGCAAACCAGUUGGAAAUGUCUAAAAUGCAGAGCACCAACUUCAGCCCCACGCAAUUUCUGCUUCACUUGCUAUCAGAAACGGAAAUCAAGUCGACCACCACGUCCAGUAAGAAGGUCUAAAAAGCCUGGGAGAACCAAACCAUCUGGCACUUCUCUAGACACUGACUGUGCGAUGCUGAUAUCUGCACCUGGCGCUUCAAAUGAUAACAACAUGUGCACAGUGUGCCACGUCGGAAUUCGGGAUGGUGCCUUCGUUCACAGAAAAACAGCUCAUGUGGCAGCUUGUUAUGCGUGUACUUUGAAAAUCUCAAGAAAACCUAACGCAAAGUGUCCUAUUUGCCGUCAGUCGAUUCAAAACACUAUAAAGAUUUUCUUUAAUUAAAAAAUCAACACUU